CAGCGGCGGGGAGCGCGGGCGGAGCCCCCUCCCCCGCCACCCCCCCCAGCCCCCUAACCUUCAUCCAUCCACCUACCCACCCACCUUCCCCAUCCCAUCCAGACCGCCACCAUGGUGCAGAAAUCCCGCAACGGAGGUGUUUACCCGGGGCCAGCCGCUGAGAAGAAGCUCAAGGUGGGCUUCGUGGGGCUGGACCCUGGAGCUCCGGACUCCAGCCGGGACGGAGCGCUCCUUAUCGCCGGCUCGGAGAGCACCAAACGGGGCAGCAUCCUCAGCAAACCCCGCUCGGGGGUGUCGGGCAGCGGCAAGCCCCCCAAAAGGAAUGCUUUUUACCGCAAACUGCAGAAUUUCCUCUACAAUGUGCUGGAGAGACCGCGGGGCUGGGCUUUCAUUUACCACGCAUACGUUUUUCUACUAGUGUUCUCCUGCCUGGUGCUGUCUGUCUUUUCAACCAUUGAUGAGUACCAGAACAGCUCAGAAGGAGCCCUUUACAUCUUGGAAAUCGUCACCAUCGUCGUGUUUGGGGUGGAGUACUUCGUGAGGAUCUGGGCUGCUGGCUGCUGCUGCCGCUACCGGGGCUGGAGGGGAAGGCUGAAGUUCGCCCGCAAGCCCUUCUGCGUCAUCGACAUCAUGGUACUGAUCGCCUCCAUCGCCGUGCUGGCGGCAGGAUCCCAGGGGAACGUCUUUGCCACCUCAGCACUCAGGAGUUUGAGGUUCCUGCAGAUCCUGCGCAUGAUCCGCAUGGACCGGCGGGGAGGCACCUGGAAGCUCCUGGGCUCCGUGGUCUAUGCACACAGUAAGGAGCUGAUUACUGCCUGGUAUAUUGGCUUCCUGUGCCUCAUCCUGGCCUCUUUCCUGGUUUACUUGGCGGAGAAAGGAGAAAAUGAGCACUUUGAUACAUAUGCAGAUGCACUCUGGUGGGGUCUGAUCACUCUCACCACCAUUGGCUAUGGGGACAAGUACCCACAGACCUGGAAUGGGCGGUUGCUGGCAGCUACCUUCACCCUCAUCGGCGUCUCCUUCUUCGCCCUCCCUGCUGGCAUCUUGGGUUCAGGCUUUGCUCUGAAGGUUCAAGAGCAGCAUCGACAGAAGCACUUUGAGAAGAGGCGAAACCCAGCAGCGGGUCUGAUUCAGGCAGCUUGGAGAUUCUAUGCCACCAACCUGUCCAGGACAGACCUUCACUCCACCUGGCAGUACUACGAGCGCACAGUCACGGUCCCUAUGUACAGCACGCAAACGCAAACGUACGGUGCCUCCAGACUCAUCCCUCCUCUGAACCAGCUGGAGCUCCUGAGGAACCUGAAGAGCAAGUCAGGACUGACAUUCAGGAAAGAGCAGCAGCCCGAGCCAUCGCCCAGUCAGAAGGUCAGUUUGAAAGAUCGUGUCUUCUCCAGUCCCCGCGGUGCUGGCACCAAAGGGAAAGGCUCUCCACAGGCUCAGGGCAUCCGGAGGUCCCCCAGCGCUGACCAGAGCAUCGAGGACAGCCCAAGUAAAGUGCCCAAGAGCUGGAGCUUCGGAGACCGCAGCAGAGCCCGGCAAGCCUUCCGCAUCAAGGGAGCAGCCUCGCGGCAGAACUCGGAAGAAGCAAGCCUCCCUGGAGAAGACAUUCCUGAUGAGAACAAAAGCUGCAACUGCGAGUUCGUGACAGAAGAUUUGACCCCGGGGCUGAAAGUCAGCAUCAGGGCAGUGUGCAUUAUGAGGUUCCUCGUCUCCAAACGCAAGUUCAAGGAGAGCCUCCGGCCCUACGAUGUGAUGGAUGUCAUCGAGCAGUAUUCAGCUGGCCACCUGGACAUGCUCUCCAGGAUUAAAAACCUUCAGGCCAGGAUAGAUAUGAUUGUGGGUCCCCCACCCCCUUCAACUCCCCGGCAUAAGAAGUAUCCAACCAAAGGACCCAUGUAUUCUUCCAAAGAGUCUCCCCAGUACUCACCUAGAGUUGACCAGAUUGUUGGGAGAGGAUCCUCCAUGACCGACAAGGAUCGCACCAAAGGGCCAGCAGAAGGGGAGCUUCCUGAAGAUCCCAGCAUGAUGGGCAGGCUUGGAAAAGUUGAAAAACAGGUCCAGUCCAUGGAGAAGAAGCUGGACUUCCUGGUGAACAUUUACAUGCAGCGGAUGGGCAUCCCACCGACCGAGACGGAAGCUUACUUCGGCUCCAAAGAACCAGACCCGGCACCUCCCUACCACAGCCCCGAAGACAGCAGGGAGCACAUCGACAAGAACGGCUGCAUCAUCAAGAUCAUCAGGUCCACCAGCUCCAUGGGGCAGAAGAACUUCUCCGCCCCGCCGGCCCCGAACAACGCGUGCCCGCCCUCCACGUCGUGCCAGCAGCAGGCCUACCAGCGGCAAAGCCACGGCUCCUCGCCCGUGGGCGACCCCGGCUCGCUGGUGCGCAUCCCGCCGCCGCCCUCCCACGAGCGCUCCCUGUCGGCCUACAGCGGCGGGCACAGGGCGAGCGCGGAGUACCUGAGGAACGAAGACAUUACAACCAAACACCACGAGAGUGCCAUGAGAGACAGCGACACCUCCAUCUCCAUCCCCUCGGUGGACCACGAGGAACUGGAGCGCUCUUUCAGCGGCUUUAGCAUCUCCCAGUCCAAAGAGAAUUUGGACAUCCUUAACAACGGUUGCUAUGCAGCCGUGGCCAAAAUCAGACCCUACAUUGCAGAAGGGGAAUCGGACACCGAUUCUGACCUCUGCACACCCUGUGGGCCUCCUCCCAGGUCGGCCACGGGUGAGGGACCCUUCAGUGACAUGGGCUGGUCAGCCCCGAGGCAGUGAAGCCUUCUUGCAGUCACCGAGCCACAUCCAAGCGCAGGCAGCUGCCCACUCCAGCUGUCCACGUGUGGAACUUCUCAAGGAGAUUGACAGCUAAGGUUUUCCUCCUUCUAGGACAUCCUUAGCUGGCUGAUGCUUUCUCGCAGCUUACUCUGGGUAGGGGGUGGGGGAACGAGCAGGACCAAGCCUGCAUUUGUGGCGGAGAUCACAGCGGUGAGCAAAGUGGAGCUGCGAGGUCCAGAUUUCUUUCAUACUCUCUUUCUAAGAUCACUAGGUGAAAUUAUUCCAUGCUGAGGGGUAGGUGAUUUGCAUUUCUUGGGAACCUUCAGAAGUGCAGGGCAGGAAUAAAUCACCCAGCCAGGGCUUUUUGGAGGUGACAGCAACUGGUGGCCGACAAGUGUUAGGUAGGCAUCGCCACGCCAUGGCACCAGUGAUGAUUAUCUUAGGAGCUCUGCAGUGAACACCUGUCUGCUUCUGGCUUGGGUAUCAGGUCACAUGUAAUUCAUGAGGGGCUGAUACUCUGGCUCCUCAUUAGCCAUCAGGAAGGUGGCAUAAUUCCAAUAUAAUACAUGGAAAGGUGGAAGUGUUGUAUAUGCUCCUGGAGGAGAGGAAUGGGGGCUGGAAUAUUUGCAUCCACAGAAGUCAUGGCCUUAAGGUGGGACAGGUUAGGUCAUCAUUCUGAUUUGGCACUUAGUGCCAUGGUCUAGUUGACUGGAUAGGGCUGGGUGAAAGGUUGGACUGGAUGAUCUUGGAGGUCUCUUCCAACAUGAUUGAUUCUAUGGAGUAGCUUGGGAAUUAUCCCAUCACAGGAAAUGCAAAAACUCAGCAAUAGGAGGUUGGGUGCAAGAAAAGAGACAACCCAGAGGGCAGAGAAAGAGGACAGGAGACUCUAAGACUUGAAUAUUACAUUUUAAACCAUGUAUUAUAUUUAAUUAUUGCUCCUCCUGUUGCCAACAGACCUGGAGGUAUUUUGGAAGCAAAGGCACACCAAAAGCAACCCCUCUGGAGGGGGCUGCCAGGGGGUGAAGCCAUUCUCAUGGUCCUCAGUGCCGCUGCGGAGGCAGAACCAGCAGGCCAAAGGCAGAGGGUGGGUAUGGAAGAUGCUGUGGCCCCCAUGCUGCUGCGAGUCCUUUGGAAGCCGUGGGGGUCAGAGCGGGCACUUUUCUUACAGUCUGCAUCGUGCCUGAACACUUUUGCACACACAAACCUUCCCUUCCUUCCUCUGCCCUGCCAAGAAGCUCACACCUAAGUCCGUGGGACCUCUCUUGGUUUUGUUUGGGUCCCUCCCAGCUGAGUUAAGAGCUGCUUCUUUGUUCCUUUGCGGUCUUUCAGGAGCCUCUUAGCUGGGCUUGCCCAGGAGUUGUGCCAAGUCUGCCCCAUUUCACUGAAACAUUUUCUCUUGCAGAGGUCACUGUGUGCUUGCUGGGAACCUCAGCUGGGGAAGGCAAGGGGAAAAGUGAUGCUCAGAGGGUUUUUGGGGACCAAAACGAAGUCACAAAGCGAUCCUUCGCCUGGAGAGGUUGCUGGGGUGGGUUUGGUUGGCUUGUUUGGGUUUUUUUUGCGAGGGGAUGGAUCAAGAACAUUUCUGUUUGGGAUCCAUCUCCAGGGCUGGGACACCAUAGCUGGUGUUGUGCCUCUGAACUCUCCCCCUGCAUCCUGGCCCAAGUCCUGUGUGUCUUUUCUGCGGGGGCUGUGUCUGUGAUUUCAAACCCUGUCUCCACAUUUUCCCUGUGUUGUGUCCAAGAGGAUGCUUAGGUGACAGCUUCAUCUCUGUGUGGCCUUUGAAAGGCAGAACAUUGACUUGCCUGGGGUGAAGGGACAGUCACAGCCUUUUUGUCUCCUGCCUGCUUGACCAGAGGCAGCAACAGGGCAGGUGUGGGAUUAUAUUGGCCUAAGAGAAGGCGUGGGUGCAGUCUGACAGCUUGAGACAGGAAGCAAAGCCAUCCUGUUGCUGAUGCUCAGGACCCACACCCAGGUCUUCACAUGGGACUGAGGAGUGGGGAAAGGCUCUGUGCAAUUUUUCCUGCCAUUUUUCACACUUUCCUUAGAAGGAUCCUGGGCUUCCAGCUGUGAAACUUCUUUUCUUUCCCAUUUGAACCACCUUUUGCUUACCUCCUGCGUUCCCCCCUACCUUGCUUGUGCUCCCAACCUUCUUUUGGCUCCAGAUUCUUUGUGCAAAGUGAACCCAGUGAUGCCCUUUGACUUCCAUACAGAGAAAUCUUUGCCUGCAAAUUGUGCAGCUUUCCCCUGUGGCAUGAGUUGCCUCCUGGUCAAGAGCAAGAAAUGUCAGCAGGUCCCAAAUCAGCUUUGGUGGCACUCAUUUUCUAGUGACCACAAGAAUGGAGAUUGCAUUGGGCGAGGUAAAAGCCAACAUUGCUCCAGCCAGCUGCUUACUGCAGGUUUUGUCCAAGUCAGAGACAACGAAGAUUUAUUACAUUAUUUGUCUGCAAUUGAUUUUUGAGGCCUGCUGGAAAUUUGGCAGAGAAGGAGUAGGAUAGAAAGGCAGGAGGUGCAGAUGAGGCUGAUGCUAUGUGGCCCAGCUGCAGCAUAAGUACAGGACUGAUCUUCAAUACAGGAAGCAAAGUCAACAGGACUUCAAGACAAUUUUUAUGGCAUCUCAUUUUCAUCAUGGCCUUGCUCUAAUGCCCUGUUGGCUCCAGCUCUGGAGCCCCAGGGACAAGAGGGAUGUGGAGAUGCUGGAGUGUGUCCAGAGCAGGGCCAGGAGGAUGCUCAGAGGGCAGCAGCAGCUCUGCUGUGAGCACAGACUGAAAGAGUUGCAGCUGUGCAGGCUGGAGCAGAGGAGGCUCCCAGGUGACCUUCUUGUGGCCUUCCAGGAUCUGAAGGGGGCUACAAAA